AUGCCAAUAUUACCACCAAUACAAUCAAAAAGCGAUGAAAUUAUCAAUAUUUUACUUCUUGGCGAAUCAGGUGUUGGUAAAUCGACUUUUAUCAAUGCUUUAGUUAACUAUUUGAAAUUCAAAACACUCAAGGAAGCUGAGAAUAAUCCUAUUGUACUUAUACCUGUUUCAUUUAUGAUAAUGACGGGUGAUAAUUUUGAAGAACAUUUGGUCAAAUUUGAAGGAAGCGAUUUGUUCAGCAAUGAAGAUCAUAAUCAUCUUGGUCAAUCAGUAACUCAACAUUGUAAAUCGUAUGUGUUCACUCUAACCGAUGGCGAAAGCCGUGGUCGUAAAUUACGAAUUGUUGACACUCCUGGUAUUGGGGAUACACGUGGCUCUUCUCAAGAUGAUGCCAAUCUCCAACAUAUUUUAUCAUAUAUUAAUAAUUUGACACACUUGAAUGCUGUAUGUAUCUUAUUGAAGCCAAACAAUGUAAGACUUAACGCUUUCUUUCGUUCAUGUUUUAUGCAAUUGAUCGAUAUGUUAAGUGAAAAUGUUUGCGACAAGAUCAUAUUCUGUUUCACGAAUACACGCCCAACAUUUUAUACACCAGGAGAUACAGCUCCGGCACUCAAAGCUUUACUUCGAUCACUUCCAAUCAAAAAGAUUUCUUUUACAAAAGAUAAUACAUUUUGUUUCGAUAGUGAAUCAUUUCGUUAUUUAGUGGCAAAGCUUAAUAGCAUUGUUUUUAAUGGUAUUGAAGAACAAGAAUACAAUGACAGUUGGAAGAAAUCAUCUAAUGAAUGUGGCCGCCUUAUCGAAUAUAUUUGCACUAAAAUGUCUAUAGGUAUUAAUUCUAGUGAAUCGUAUUCGAUGAAACAAGCACAACUCAAAAUAAAUUUAAUGGUUCGACCUAUGUUAGAAUCAAUGAGAAAUAUUCUUCGCAAUCUUAUCUUGAGGAAUGUAUCAGAAGCGCAUAAAACUUGUAUAAAAUUGCAUCCAAACAUUAUCAAAUAUCCAACAGCUAUCUGUUUAAGAUGUCCCCGUAAGUCUUUUCAAAUAGACGAAUUUUGGUUUACAAUGGAUAGUUUACAUGUCUUCGUUAAUAAUAAAUGUCUAACUUGUCAAUGUGAUCCAUCAGAUCACUAUCCAAUUGAUUAUGAACUUGUAUAUAAACGAUUCGAUGAUUUAUCAAGUAGCUUUUUUCUUAAAAAUACUUCAGUAGAAGUAUUAGAUACAAGUUGA